GUUGCAUUUGCCAGAAAGGUCAACACAAUGUGGAAGCCACAGCAGCCGCAGCAUCAACAUCAUCAAAGCAAACGAACAUUAAUUAAGCAGCCACAGUUUGGUGGGAAUUGAUGACUCACAAUAUUCCGAUGCCAAAAACAGAAACAGAAGCUGAAAAAAAAACACGUAAAAUUGUUGACCCACUGAUGUGGACCGAAAUAUCGGAGAUGGCCCCCCAAACUGGAUAUAGUUGGAUGGCGCUGGCCUAGAAACCUCAGCAACGAGCAUUAUGCGCUGCCAAUAUUGAAGUGGACAGACACACAGCAUUACACAACACUGCCUAACACAACACUACACUGCACAUACUACUAUAUAGCGGCUGUGCGUUCUGUACAAUGGUCAUCCAGUGCACAUGCGAUUGCAAUUGCAGUGACAGAGACAGAGACAGAGACAACCGCAGCUCCUGUUUGCCACGCUUAACGUUGCGACAACAACGACAACGACAACAAAGUGCCACGCCCCUUGAUGCUGGCAAUGAUAUGGAGCAUCGGUUUCCAUACUAUCGCCGUCUAUCGAAUACCUCAUCAGUGCUAUACGGCAGCUGCCCACAAUUGCUGCCCGUUGGCCAGCCUUGCCACGGUCAGACUCGCAGCCUGGAACAGCAGCAACAGCAGCAGGAGCAGCAGGAGCAGGAGCUGAGGCCAUAUUCGAGUCUGGUGCGCAGCAAGCACAGAAGCUCCGUGCUGUGCAACAAAUGUGCGCUGUGACGAAGAUACAACCUAAGCUGUGAGCAUCCAGAACCACAACAACAUUCGUAUCCGCAACAAGCCCACAACAAGACAACAGCAGCAGCUGCAACAGCACCAACAACAGCUGAAGCAGCAACAGCAGCAGCUAGCCCCAAGUUGAGGCAGGCGGCAGCUGCCACACUCAGUACGCCGCGUUAUUUGUGCACCGAGUGCCGCUUUAACAACCAGCCGCUGGCCUGGUGGGUCUCAUGUCCGCGUCUCUCCAAUCUGCCCACUGAAGAACAGCCUCGAAUGACAACGCCAGCGAUGCAGCCGCCACCGCCGCCGCCGUCGCUGCUGCAGCCACAUCACUGCCAUGGCACAAAUCCGGCGCGCUUUCCACUCCACGCCAAUGCCAAGCGGCAUUGUGACAAUUUUGGCAGCUAUGCCACAUUGCCCACCAUCGAGCAGCAGCAGCAGCAGCAGCUCUAUGCAAAUGCAGCCACAGGCUGCAGUCGACAUUGCGCGGCUUCAAUGCCGCCGCCGCAGCCGCAUCAUGAGCCUGCUCGUUGGUAUGCGCCGAGCAAUGCCAAUCCCAAUUUGAAUGCCUGUUGUUACAUGUACAAUCCCACGCCCCACUACGCCCCCCAGCUCUGCGUUUGCGAUAAUUGGUAUCACCAGCAGCAUCAACAGCAGCAGCAGCAGCAGCAGCACAGGAGCAUCCCGCCGCCGCCCAAGCCACUUUUGCCCAAUGGCGGCUGCUAUUUGGGCUUUGAUGCUGCUGCCCACCAUCCCAGCCACAUAGCCGAUGAGGAGGACUCGGCCUUUCCGGCACUCGCCGAUCGUGAGUUUCAUUUGUUGCAUCGCAAUAUUCCCGCACUGCGUCGCACCGGUGUGGACACAACACGCAUACGACAGUACUUUUAUCCGGAUGGCGGCUGGGGCUGGAUCAUCUGUGGCGUCUCCUUCCUGGUCCACAUCCUAACCACCGGCCUCCAGCUCAGCUACGGCCUCUUGUUGUUCUAUGCCGUUCAGCAUUUGCAUAACACAAGCGGCAUAGAACUAUUGGGCGCCCUGAGCUGGUCCGUCUCGAUGCUGGCCAUACCGUUUGUGGUAUCGCUGUGCCGGAAGCGUUCCAUACGCCUCCUCUCGAUUGUGGGCGGCCUGGUGAUGCCGCUGGGCAUUCUGUUCACUUCAUUUGCCACGGAAUUCGGUCAGGUUGUUUUCAGUUAUGGCAUCGUAUUUGGCAUUGGAGUUUCCAUGGUGCGUGAAGCCUCCACCGUGAUGCUGGGCAAUUACUUUAAGCGUCGGCGGCAAUUCGUCGAAAUGGUGGCCAUGUCCGGCGAGGGCGUUGGCAUCGCUUUGUUCUCCGUCAUACUAAAAGAGGGCGUGGGCAAGGCUGGCUGGCGCCUGGGCCUGCAAAUCGUUGCCGCUCUAACGGCGCUCAGCUUUUUCAUGGGUCUCAUGUACCGACCCGCAUCCCUCUACCAUCCGCAACGCCGCGCCAUCCAGCAUCUGAAGAACCAGCGCAAAAAGCUGCGCGAGAAGAAGCCCAAGCUUACGCAUGAAGUGGAGUCACCCACGAGAUAUUUAUUUUUGGACAUAUCAUCGCUGAAAUCCGUCACAGUUAAGAUUCUAUUGAUGACCUCCAGCGUGGCUGCAUUCGGCAUCUAUACGCCCAUGUUCCUUAUGGCCCUCAAUGCUGCCAAGGAGGGCUCGGAUGUGCAGGAGCUGGUCCUGCUGCAAACCUUUUUGGGCAUCUCCAUGGCUCUGGGCGUGGUCCUGGCCGGUGCUCUGCUGCGUCGCUGCUUUGUGAUCAGACAAUUUGUGAUCAAUACCAAGAUUGUUUCUCAGCUGUUUAUAUCCAUUGUUGCGCUGGCCAUACUAUUUCUAUCCUUUGUGAUGGGCUACAAAGGACUGUGCAUACUCAGCUGGCUCUAUGGCAUUGGCCUGGGCGGCUUUCAGUACUCGCUGAAGAUUUUGGCGCUUGAGCGCAUCAAGCUGAAGCAUUUCUCCAAGGCUUGGGGCUUUAUACGCGGCGUCCAGUCGGUGCCCGUGCUCAUUAGCGUACCCCUCACUUCCUUUCUCAAUGAUUACUCGCUGAAGUAUGGGCGUGCCGGUUAUUAUAUUUGCUCGGCGGCGGCCGCCAUUUCGGGCAUCAUCAUCUUCUUCAUCAGCGAGCCACAAGAGCAACAGCAACAACAGCAGCAGCAGCAGCUGCCGCGUGGACAUCUCAAUGGGCAUCUGCCCACGCCCAUGCUGAUGCGGCACUCGUCGGCGCGCCACCAUCGCCCGACUUUGCCCUUGGACUAUGGCUAUGGCGACUAUCCGGCACCCGAUCUGCUCAGUCGCAGCUGUAUCAGCCUCAAUCAAAUGGAGCCAUAUUUACAGGCCACAAAUUCCCACUACUGUCAACGUCACAUGCAUCAGCAGUCGCAUUCGCAUCUGCCGCAGCAUCAUCAGCCGCCUGCCCAGCAUACGCAUUCCCAUACCCAUCCGCAUCCGCAUACGCAUACGCAUCCCCAGCAGCUGGCCUGCCACAAUCUAGACAUGCAGCAGGCCAGCCGCACACCCUAUCAGCUGGGCCAGGGCAGCAUUGGCGCCAAGAUGGGCAAGCGCCUGCAGCGGAGUCUCUCCUUCAUCCAGCAGCACAACUGCUGCGAUGGCCAGAUGUACUGCAGCUUCCACAGCACCUACGAGCUCGGCUGCCGCAAGUCUCCCAAAUCUCAGGACAGGCAGCCACUCAUAUGCACUUGCAGCCCCAAUUCCACCACAUAUGGUGGCGGCAGUUCGGCACGCAGUCGCAGCGUGCCGGAGGGCCUAUCGACCAUGUCGCAGCAGUGUAACUGCCGUCACGGGGCAGGCGUGGCAGCCGUGGCAGCACCCUCCCGUGAGUUUAUCUACGUGCCGCACGCCUACGCCUCGCUGCAGCGGACGCCACGUCGUCAGAGUCGUCAUAUGCCCGGAACAGGAGGAGGAGGAGGCGCUGGUGGAGGAGCUGGCGCCGCAACUGGCACCGGAGCUGGCAGCAGCUGUCAGGCAACUAGAGGCAAUCCGCAGUGCCGGCUUAAGCGUUCGCAGUCGCUGUGCCGACCCGUUCACUUUGUGGAGCAAAUCACCACCUCCGUCUAAGGGCGGGCGAGGGGGCGUGUCCCCAGCCACUUGGGCAGUAGAAUCGCACAGCAUAUUUUGUAGUUGUACUCCAGUUACGUGAAUCGAAUUCCGAAUUGUCACAUCUUUCUAGUCUCUUGUCGUAGUUAGUAGCACGUAUAGUCCAAGUCGAAGAAGUCGAAGCAUUAACCGAAAUCCCACAAGCAAAAAACAAAAA